GCCUUGGACCAAGAAGCCUCAAGAAGGAAGCUGUAGCACUGCAGAGGAAAGGAGAAGAGGAAGCGUCUUAGAGAUGCUGCGGCUUAUUGUGGAGUCAGCCAAAAUUGAGCCUCCCUUAACCCCUCCACCCAGACCCUGCAUGACGAUAGCCUUCCGAGAUACCAAGAAGAAAACUCGUGUGGUGGAAGGUAACGAGCCCAUAUGGAAUGAGACCCUCAUUUGGCACCUCCGGAACCGGCCCUUGGAAAAUGACUCCUUCUUGCAAAUUAUCCUUCUGGACAUGGGCUCAAAGAAGAAAGAAAGGUUCAUUGGCCUGGCCACAGUCAUACUGGAUCCUCUGGUGAAACAGCGAACAGAGGUCCUUUACGUGAAGGACCUGACCCUGCUCAACCAUUCCAUGAAGCCCACAAAUUGUACUGUCACCCUACAGGUGGCCCAGAUGACCAGCCAGUAUAUUGAGAAGACAUGGGAUGAGGACCUCCUGGGCAUAACUGCAAGAGAAGUGGCCAGACAGAAGCUGAUGGCUCCCAGUCCUAUCACGCACAGAGUUCAGUGCUCAAAGCCUCAGCACUUUCAGGUUCGAGUGAAGGUGUAUGAAGCCCGACAGCUCAUGGGCAACAACAUCAAUCCUGUGGUGAAAGUGAUCAUUGGAAGUCAGCAGCACAACACACGGAUCAAGAUGGGAAACAACCCUUUCUUCAAUGAGAUCUUCUUCCAGAAUUUCUAUGAGGUUCCUUCAAAGUUCUUUGAUGAGAUGAUCUCAAUCCAGGUGUUGAACUCUUCAGUGAUAAGAUACAAUGCAGAGAUUGGGAGGUUCCAGACAGAUAUUGGGUUUAUUUACCAUUGUCCAGGUCACACACUCCUAAGGAAAUGGCUAGGCCUGUGCCUGCCGAAUAAACCCAUCAGUGGCGUGAGAGGCUACCUGAAAGUCACCAUCUGCGUGCUGGGUGUGGGAGACCAGGCUCUGGUAGAUCAAAAGCUGACGUAUGGGACUGAAAAGGAUAUUCAAAUCAUCAAGUCAACAGGAGUCCCCAUCUACGCAGCCUACUUACAGUUCUUUAUCUACUGCGCGGAGGACCUGCAACUCAAGAAACACCAUUUAAUGAGUCCUGUGUUGGAAGUGGAAAUAAUUGGGGAGAAGCUCCGGACACAAGUACAGAACCACACUGAUAACCCAAUAUGGAACCAGAUUCUGACCUUUCAGAUUCAGCUGCCCUGUCUCUCCAGCUACAUCAAGUUCAGAGUCUUGGAUUGCUCCAGAUAUGAUUGCCAUGAUGAGAUUGGGACUGCGAGCUUGCCCCUCAAUCAGAUCUCCUCCACAGGGGAAGAGAUAGAAGGAAUGUAUUCUGGCUUCCUACCCUGCUUUGGCCCCAGCUUCCUGAUUCUUCAUGGGGGGAAAAAGGCUGCCUUCAGGAACCAGGAAGAAGGGUGUGUACCCGACUCUGUUAAGGAUGGCUUAGAUUAUAGAGGACGAAUCUUCCUGGAGUUAAUAACGAAAAUCAAGUCCCAGCAAGAGUUUUGGAUAAAGGAUAUCUCCCGGGAAGUUGCCAAAAUAGAGAGGCACCAGAACCGCCUAAGAUAUGGGCUGUGCGUCAUCUUCCUGUCCUGUACCAUGAUGCCCAACUUUAAGGACCUGGUCCAGUUCGAAGUCAGCAUCGGCCACUACGGGAGCAAGACGGACAUGAAUUACAAGCCUCUGGUUUCAACCACACAGUACAGCCCUGUGAUAUAUGAUGGGAACAUGUACCAUUAUGUACCAUGGUACAACACCAAGCCUGUGGUGGCCAUCAUCUCCAACUGGGAGGACAUCGGCUUCCGCAUGAACUGCCUCAACCUCCUCCACAUCACUCGGAACCGCCUGAAAGCCAAUCUGGACGCCCUGAAGUCCAUACGGAACCCAGAGGACCCAGCUCUGCUCCAGCAGUGGGGGAAGCUGCUGCGGGAGCUGGUGGAAGACUGCAAGCGUCCUCUGCCUUGCAUGACGGAUGAGCCCAAAGCUAGCAACCUGGACAGGAAGAAGUGGCAGCUCCGCAACCUGCUCCUCCAGGAAGUGGCUGAAAAGGCCAAGGACGCCAAGCCCAGGAACAUGGUGGCCACAGGGGAGGGCUGGCUGCGCCGCCUCAAUGCUGUGCUCCCGGAGCCCCAGAUGAACUUCCCGGAUGUGAUGAUCUGGCUGAUGGCCAAAGAACAGCGAGUGGCCUAUGCUCGGGUACCUGCCCACACCAUCCUUUUCUCCCCGGAGGGGAGGCUGCAGUCCGGCUGCUUCUGUGGGAAGAUCCAGUCACUCCUGCUGCAGUACCCAGAGGGAGAAGGAGAGAAGGACAUGAUCGCAGCCCACCUCCGGGUCUGCAUGUGGUUUGGCAACAUCACCCACAGCCAGCACCUGCAGCUGCCCCGUCAGGGCAACUUGGUGGUUUAUGCGGAGACGUAUGAGAAUCAGGCCAAGCAGAAAGACCAGUGGGGGCCACAGGGGCUGUACCGAUGCCCCAACUUCUCAGAUGUCACAGGGCACAUGGCCCUCCCCAAGACAGAUUUCAAGACACCCACAGGAUGGCACUGGCAGGACAAGUGGACAAUAGAGCCUCAGAGGAGACUCCUCUUGGACACUGACAUCAACAAGAGCCAGGUGCUGGAGCAGGUAUACGAGAACCAGGAUCGUGAUGCAACUGGUGUCUGGGUGCCUGCAGAAAUCCCUAACACGGAUGUGGAUGGACAGCCAGCUGAGGCCCGGGAGAGUAUGAAGUGCCCCCCGGGUUGGCACUUUAAGAAGAAUUGGACUGUAGAGCUGAGCCAUGCCGUGGACAGUGAUGGCUGGGAGUAUGGAGUGGGGAUCCCGCCAUCGGGCAUGCCCCAGGUCUGGAGCUCAGUGGAGAAGACCUACCACUCACGCCGGCGCAGGCGAUGGGUGCGCCUGCGUUACCGGGAUCCGGAGAAGCUGAGUCAAGAGCAGGAAACCCUCUCUUUCCUGCAGCAGGGCCUGGACAAGGAGGAUGAGGGUUGGGAGUAUGGCACCUUUGGCUCCAAGUUCCACCUGGACCCACAGCCCAACAGUCAGUUCCGCCGUCGUUGCUGGCACCGCAAGCUGGUCCCAGACCAGGACAGGGGCAUUGCGUCCAUCUUCCUCCUGGAAGGCUCUUUGGGGAAGGAUCUGAAGAAUAGUUACAAGAAAGAAGAUGAGAAGCUGGGCCGGUGGAGUCAGUUCAGAGACUCAUGGAGGGAGCGCCCCAUGGAGGCCCGGCCUCCCAACAUGCCCUUCAUCUAUUGCCUGAUCAACAAGCCUCACUACUACCAGCUCUUCUGCUACAUCUACCAGGCCCGGAACUUGCUUUCCAACCAGAUCCUGACAUUCCAGGGGCCCUUCAUCCGUGUCAUCUUCUUAAACCACAGCCAGUGCACCCAAGCUGUGCGCAGCUCUGCGUCCCCCAUUUGGGCCCAGACACUCAUCUUCCAGCACUUGCUUCUAUAUGAGAACCCCCAGGACACCAAGGAGAGCCCUCCACUCCUAGUGCUGGAACUGUGGCAGCGCAAUUCCCAGGGCAAGGAGAGCUUGUGGGGACGGAGCAUAUGGCCCCCUGUGGUCUGGCUGGAUCUCCAAGACCGGAUCCUGCCCCCAAUGCGGUGGCACCCACUUGUGAAAGACUUGGGGGAGGAAGAGGGUGAGGUCUUGGCAUCCUGUGAACUGAUCCUGGAGACGGAGAAGCUCAGAGAGACACAGCCACCAAUCCUGAGUGUCCUCUUGAAGAACGGGGUCUACAUGCUGCCCAGGAGCCUCCAGCCCACGCGGAAGAAGAUGGCCAUCGAGAUCCUGGCCUGGGGCCUUCGGAACUUGAAGAAGGUGCACUACCCCCAACUCCUGGUGGAGUGUGGAGAGGAGUCAAUCAAGACGGAACCCAUCAAGGACUUCCAGACCAACCCCAAUUUCCCUGAGCCCAUCCUCUUCCUCCUGGUGCUCAUGCCCACAGAGGAAGCCUAUGCACUGCCCAUCAUGGUCAAGGUGGUAGAUAACCAGGACUAUGGCCAGCGGAGCAUGGUGGGUCAGGCCAACAUCGACUUCCUCCAGCCAUAUUUUUGUGACCCCUGGGCUAUGGACUAUGUACCCCCACGGCUGCCAAUGCUGGUCGAGAAGAAGCAAAAUGCGAUCCUAGGAAAUCUCUACAAGAAGUUCUGGUACAAGUCCAGCAAAGAUGAGGAUGAUUUUGACCAUGAGGUGGAUUGGUGGAGCAAGCUCUUCUGGGCCACACGUGAUGACAAGUCCCUGAAGUAUAAGUACAAAGACUACUUCACCCUAAAGGUGUAUGAUUGUGAGCUGGAGGCGGUUCCAGCCUUCCAAGGCCUGCAGGACUUCUGUCAGACCUUUAAACUCUACCAGGAGCAGCCCAAGGUGGACAGCCCUGUGGUAGGCGAGUUCAAGGGCCUUUUCCGGAUCUACCCCUUUCCUGAGAAUCCAGAGGCUCCCAAGCCCCCGCGCCAGUUCUUGGUUUGGCCCAACAGAGAGGAUUUCCCUCAGCAGUGCCUGGUGCGGGUAUACAUAGUACGAGCCAUCAAUCUGCAGCCCCAGGACUACAAUGGCCUGUGUGAUCCUUAUGUGAUCCUGAAAAUGGGGCAGACAAAGCUUGGCAACCGGGACACGUACCGGCCCAACACCCUGGAUCCCAUCUUUGGCAUGUUGUUUGAGCUCACCUGCAACAUUCCCCUGGAGAAGGAUCUGGAGAUCCAGAUACUUGACUUUGACCUUGUGUCAGCUGAUGACGAGAUUGGAAGUACAGUAAUCGACCUGGAAGACAGACUCUUGUCUGGCUUUCAUGCUAGUUGUGGGCUUGCUAAAACAUACUGCCAAACAGGGCCCUUCAGGUGGCGGGACCAGAUGUCCCCCAGCCACAUGCUAGAGCGCUUUGCCAAGCAGAAGGGCCUGCCACCACCUUUGUACAGCCUGGAAGAAGAUUCUGUCUUAUACAAUGGGGAAAAAUUCAAACUGCAGAGCUUUGAGCCUAAGCCCCCUAAUGUGCCUGGUUUGGGACCCAAGAAAGAACGGCUGGCCCUGUACAUCCUGAACACCCAGGGGCUGGUCCCCGAGCACGUGGAGACCCGCACACUGUACAGUAAUAGCCAGCCAGGCAUUGACCAGGGAAAGCUGCAACUGUGGGUGGACAUCUUUCCCAAGAACCUGGGGCCUCCUGGCCCCCAUGUCAACAUCAGCCCCCGAAAGCCUAAACGGUAUGAGCUGCGCUGUAUCAUCUGGAAAACCGCCGACGUGGACCUGGUGGACGUUUCGCUGACCAGUGAGAAGACGAGUGACAUCUACAUCAAAGGGUGGCUGUUCGGGAUGGAGAAAGACACGCAAAAGACAGAUAUCCACUACCACUCCUUAAAUGGCGAGGGCACCUUCAACUGGCGGUUCAUCUUCUCCAUGGACUAUCUGGCAGCAGAGUGUAUGUGCGUCCAGAGCCAGAAGGAUUACAUAUGGAGCCUGGACCCCACAUCAACGAAGUUCCCAGCCCGGCUCAUCAUCCAGGUCUGGGACAAUGAUACCUUCACCAGUGAUGACUUCCUAGGGGUCCUAGAGCUAGAUCUCUCCGACAUGCCCUACCCGGCCCAAAGCGCCAAGCAGUGCUCCCUCAGGAUGAUGGAACAGGACCCCAAGUGGCCCCAAUUUCUUCAACACAAGCACUUCUCUCUCUUUAAGAAGACGACUGUAACUGGCUGGUGGCCUUGCCAGGUCCUUGAUGGUGACAAGUGGCGCCAGUCGGGCAAAGUGAAGAUGACGCUGGAAAUUCUGUCACAGAAGGAAGCCUUAAUCAAGCCAGCAGGCCGAGGCCAGUCGGAACCUAAUCAGUAUCCCACACUCCACCCUCCACUACGCCCGGAUGCCUCUUUUUCAUGGUUGCGAUCCCCAAUUCAGAACUUCUGCCUUGUUUUCUGGAAACGCUACCGCUACAAGAUCAUAGCCUUGUCAAUCCUAGUGAGCAUAGCGCUGAUGCUCUUCCACUUUAUCUAUUCAACCCCGAACUACUUAGCCAUGAACUGGAUCAAACCUGAGAUGCGGCUAAAUCCUCCCAUUAAAAUAGUCAAUAUCAUUGGUUCAUCCAACACCAGCAACGAUAGCUCUUCCAUCCUCAUCACCGAGAAGCCAAGCCCAGAGACUACCCCAGAGCAGCAAUGGGAACUCGUCAAGGAACCCAAGAAUCAGAUGUAUGACAUUUUCCCAGAACUGCCAACUCCAUGAAGCUCAUUGACUCAUUUACCUGCCUUUCCUCCUGCUUACUAACAGCCCUAAUCCCUCCUCAAACCACCCCCCAACCCUGAAUUCUUACCAGCUCCCUGUUUCUAUUGUCUAGGGCAUAAUUCAAGGAGCUAGGGAUAUUCUAACUAUUGUGUUCAGAAACCACU